AGCUUCUUUGCCAUUUCACUUCUUGCUAAAAACGCCGCGAAAGAGGGCACCCUCUUCACCGUUCCCUCCUCUCUUCUUCGUUCAACUCAAGUCCCUACUCUUUGUUUCUGUCGGGUUCCCAGUUUCUCUCUGCUGUUCUUCGCAUGUCGACAGCUGCACGAGUCCUCCGUGUCCUCUCUUUUCUCCUCCUUUGGUUUUCUGGUCGGCCAUGUGAACGCCUUUUCCUCCCAGUCCCGAAAUUCGCCAUGGCUAUUCGUCCUUCCUCGAGGCUCAUGCCCAGUCUCUCGUUCCUUCUCUCUCCCUCAAGAAGCUCUUCUUCCUCUCCGACUCACCUCUGCUCGCUUCAACUUCCUUGUUCCGGUUCCGUGUCGCCGUUCGUAUCACCUUCGUUUCCACACUCUCUAGCUACACGCUGUCCACGUUGGGGAACCUCUCUCUCGCGAUCGCGCUCCUUGACAUCUCAGUCCUCUUCUUCCUCAUCAUCAUCUGCUCCUUCUUCUGUUUCUCCUUCGUCUCUUUCAUCUCCAUGUCAUUCGCCUUCUUCUCCUUCUUCUCACUCUGCUCCCUCUUCGUGUUCUUUCUCCCGGAGUCGAGGUCACACUUCACUUUCGUCUGGGCCUUCCUGGGUCUCCUCCUUCGUCCUUCAAGAUGCGAGCAGCGAGAGGAAGACGGUCUUUGACGAACGCAAAGAAGCUGCGCUCGCAGCGAUCGCCCCUUCGGUGGCUCUGGAGUCUGUUGCGCUUCCCGCUGCAUCGGGGGAGACUCUCGGAGAGUCUGUUCUUCUUCCACCUGCCUCGUUUAGAGCUCCGCGACCCCGCUUCUCUCAACGCACAUCCCCGAGUCAUCCAGGAAAGACUUACGAAUCCGCUACCGCAGCCGGAGGGGAGACAUGUAGAGGCGGCGACGGGAGACACCGGAAAGACAGAUCGAAGAAGGGAAGUGUUGACGAAGAAAUUCGCCCUCUCCUCGACGCGAUAAACAAGUUGAAAAACUUCUACACAUCAAGCAGCUGCGCUGGUCGCAUUCUCCUCGUUGGAACUCCCUUUGAGAACUCUCAAGAGAAGGAAACAGUCUGUCCCUCUUCACGCUCUGCCGUUCCUGAUUCGGCUCCCUCUUUGACUGCGUCUUCUCCGGCCGACAAGUCUGCGUCACCGUCCGUGUUCCAAGAUGUGCGAGAGGCCCGCGCGGGUCCGCGUGGCUUGGAGCAGGAAGCAAAGAGGGAAGAGAGAGGAGACAGGAGUGCCUCUCAAGCGACGCAGACAGGAGGCAAGCCCAUCCAGGAGAGAAACGGAAACGACGAAGGAGCGGCUUCCCCAGAGGCGGCCAGUGAAGGAAAACGAAAAAAACAUUCGUUCGUUUUUCUCCUCAACCACCAUCAGAAGGUCGACGCCCACCAACUUCUGCACGCUGUUGCAGCAUGUCCCAUUCCGUGUCAGGAAAUUUGGUUGAAAGUGGAAGCCCCCAUUCUCCACGUUUGCUGUCGAUCUCUGACAGAUGCUUUGAACCUCAUUCGCGUGGCUCGUCCGUACACACACCGGGCUGUCCUCCUUCACGCGUCGUCCCCCGCUGUCGCCUCUUCUUCCGCCUCUCUUGAGGCUCUUCCUCGCGCGUCCUCUACCUCUCCGUCCUGUGGGAGUCCGCCACCGACUCCCGCUUCUUCUUCGUCGUUUGCGUGUUCGAUGCCUUCGUGGAGUGUCGCUGGCGGUGCACCCAACGAGGCCGCAGCGUCUCUCGGCGGGAUGGAUGGAGAGAGCAGAGCCCAGCGAAAGGCGAUGCGAGCGGAGGUAGCAGCCGACCAGAGGCAUCCCGCUGGGAAGGCCCGCAGGGCGGACGUCCUUCACUGCCGGAAGGAAAAAGAGACGCAAGCGGAGGAGAGGAAAGGCGACAGUGCAAGGUACAUUGUUGAGAUGAGCAACAGCUCGCGACUGGCAGUCCCCAUUCUAGUCCCUCCGUCUUGCUGGCUCGUGCCUCUGCCUCGCCUGGUGCCGGGAGAGAACACAAAAGAGCCCCAUCGCCGUUUGACCGCAGACACUGUCUCCCUUCCUUCUGAAACAGUCACAUCUACGCGCGAGACAGAGAGCGCACCGAACGCAGCAGCAAACAUGCGAGACGAAACGCGAGCAGAAAAAACCUCUGUAGCCCGAACUGAGGCCGCGUUGCUCCAAACGGAAACGCAGCGAAAGCCGAGGCGGGCGGCGGCAGGUGCGGAGUGCCGCAGAGGGGGAUCUGAACCAGUGAGUGUGCAAACGCGACGAGACGAAGAAGAGCAAGACGAACGCACUCUCACAGAGAAUGGAGGAACUUUGUGUGGGCGAGAAGACGGAGAGAAAAAAGAGGCGGAAGACCAAGGAAAGGAAAUAGCAGAGAGAAUCCUCUGGGAACGCUGGCUCACGUUAGCCCGCCUGUGCAACCAGGCACUGGAAGAGAGCCGGACGCGCUUCUUCGAACUGGAAAAACAAAUCCAGAAACUUUCGCAACCAAGUUUGGAAAGCAGCAGUGACCGCCCCGCGCAACAAAACAGAUGAACAAAGUGUCCAGCCGGAAGUCACCAAACUCAAACAUACCAAUCGAAGCGGAAGAAGAAACACAAGUUCUUUUCCCUAUACAUAUAAACAUAUGUGUAUAUACACAUACGCGAAUAUAGAUGUAUAUGUGCAUAUAUAUAUAUAUAUAUAUGUUGCAACACACACACACACAUGUGUGCAUGUGUUGAGGAUGAAGGUUUGGGGGACGAAUCGAAACCGUGAACCGUAGAGUUUGUGACAUGUCUUCUUGGACUACAUGGGCAGGUUUUAGUUGCCUGAUACAUUUUUCCGGUGGCCCAGAACACACAUCAUCUGGUUUUCUUCCUUUCUGGUUUCGGAAGAAAACGUCCAGUACGUCG